AUGCUUGCUGACGCUGCGGCGGAGGCUGAAAAGGAAAAACAGCAGCGGCAGGAAGUCAAGGAGGUUCCUGUUCGUGCUGACGAGAAUACACCUUUAAAGAAUGCCACUCAGCGUUCUACCAAGCAGCACGUGUACUCUCUGGAAUUCUUAGUGUCGUUGAAGGAAUCGCCUCUGUGUGCAGAUGUUUCCCAUUUGAACCUGCCAAAUAACCAACACGAGUUUUUCCUUUUGGACCAGCCGAAACGUACCGCUUAUGUUAAUCACAAUAACCACAAAUACCCAAACCAGCGUGGCAGAAAAGACAGAAAGAAGGACACAAGAAAGACAACCAAAGAGUCAGAGGAGCCACCAGAAUGGGUGCUUAAAUCAGACGCAAUCACAGGAAACUCUAUCCACGAUUUUGAGCUAUGGAGACUCAAGAUGCGGAUAGAAACCUUCAGAAGGAAUGGUGAGCCUGUUCCCGAGGAGGAUGCCAACCAAUACGAGUAUUUGAAGGCUCAAAAGGCUGAGAGUGCGGUGGCAGCUGAUCAGUUAAGCCAAAGUGUUCAAAAGCCAGCAAUCAGGCCCGAAUUUGACUUCCGUGAACCAAUUCAGGAUCCUGCCGUGAAUCCAGACACCCUCACCGCGUCGAGUUCGGGCUCGUCCAGAUUUUCAAGUUUUUUUGGUCCUGAACAAACAAACAAACAGCCCCAACAGAGCCAGACCAAAGAUGAAUCGAAGUUGCUCUCGUUACUGCAAAAUUCCGGACAGCAGGUACCACAAACACAACCAAUGCCUCAGGAAAUGCGCCAGGUGGCUAUGCCGCCAGGACUAGCCCCAACGGCUGCCAUGGGGCCCAUGGGGCCUAUGGGACCGCUUCCACCAAUGGGAGCCAUGCCUCUUAUGGGCCAUCCUCCAUCUUCGAACGCUGACAUGUUUUUCAACUCUUUGUUGUCCAAGGCUCCGGCUCCCGGACCUGCUCCGUUCUUGCCUCCAGGGCUCUUUCUACCAUUUUCAGAAAAAAAGUAA